GGUGCUUUUAAAGCGAGCGGACGAGUUUUACCCGCCCGCGGUGGUUCCGAAGUUAAAGCGGAUUUAAAGUGAAGUUUUCUGAAAGGGAGACUAGAUUCGUCUGGCGAAGCUUCAGGUUUGAACAUGCAGGCGGUGAGGGAAGAUGAGGAAGAAGAGGAGGAGGAGGCUUCCCCUGAGGACUAUGUGGCUCUGUGUGAUUUCACUGCCAGCGGCUCUGAGCAGGUUAAGCUUCUGUCAGUCAAACUCGCUACCAAACAGACAUUAACCCGUUUUAACUCCCUCAUUUCCCCCUCCUCGCAGCUAAGUUUCAGCACCGGGGACAGGCUGCUUGUGCACAGCAAGCCUUCGGCAGAUUGGUGGUGGGCAGAGCUGCAGGGGCUCGUCGGGUAUGUUCCUGGCAGCUACCUGCGGCAGGGCGCUGCGCCGGCGGGGGGCGACCCCUCCUCAGAGGACCCCUGGCAGGACGACGAAUACUUCGGCAGCUAUGGGACGCUGAGGCUUCACCUGGAGAUGCUGUCGGACCGGAGCCGAACAGAGGCGUACCGGCAGGUUGUGGCCAGCAACAGCGCUUCUCUGAAGAACAAGGUGGUGAUGGACCUCGGCUGUGGGACCGGCAUAAUCAGCCUGUUCUGUGCUCAGCUGGCUCAGCCCUCAGCGGUGUAUGCUGUAGAGGCGAGCUCCAUGGUGGAGCACACCAGGCAGCUGGUGAAGCAGAAUGGCUGUGAGGAGGUGGUCACGGUGCUGCAGGGGCGAGCGGAGGAGCUGGAGCUGCCAGAGCAGGUGGACAUCCUGGUGUCUGAGUGGAUGGGCAACUGCCUGCUGUUUGAGUUCAUGGUGGAGUCAGUUCUCCUGGCUAGGGACCGCUGGCUCCGGGACGGCGGUGUGAUGUGGCCCUCCUCAGCCGCUCUAACUCUGGUUCCAUGUCAGGCCGACAGCUACUACUCAGAGAAAAUGGCCUUCUGGGAGCGACCGUAUGGCCUGGACUUCACCCCGCUGCAGCCUUUGGCACAGCAGGAGUUCUUCACCAAGCCGAAGUUCAGCCACCUCAUUGACCCUGAGGACUGCCUCUCUGUCCCCUGUGACGUCAUCCGCCUUAACAUGUACACUGUUCAAGUGAGAGACCUUGAGGAAGUGAAGGGUGAGUUUCAGUUUUCUGUGGCGAAGCCUGGAGUUUUCCACGGAUUUACGGCCUGGUUCACUGUCCAGUUUGAAAGCCUGGAGACGGGAGGAGCAACAGUGGAGCUAAACACCGGACCAAACUCAGAUCCAACCCACUGGAAGCAGACUUUGUUCAUGCUGGACACGCCCACCCCUGUGAACGCCGGGGACUCCAUCCAUGGAAAUGUUAUCCUGCGCAGAAACCCCGUGUGGAGACGCCACAUGACCGUUACGCUGCACUGGAAAAUCAACAGCAGCACCGACAACUGCCAGGUUGGGACAAAACAUUUCCCCAUGUGGAGGUGACUAUAAAUCACCCAUCGGCUGUGCAAAUCAACAGUAAACCAGUCUAAUGUGCCCGCUCUUUGCCCGUGAGCAGCUGCCAACCAGUAAUCAGAAGCGGUUGCUACGAAUGUGACGCCCAGAGAGAAACCUGGCUGGACAUUUGAGUGUGUAGUGAUGCGUCCGACCGCUACAGGAGCAGGUGAUCACACCAUGGGUCAUUCUGCAAGAGCAGAACGUGUCUGAAGAGAAGAAACCGAGGAGUCUCUGAUGGAGGAAUAACAGGGUUCAUUGAAGGAGUAGCCGGGUUGAACUUGGCGUGUCUCAAGAUACUCUUUCAGAACAAAAUAGGGUUUUAAUGUUUAUUUUAUAACUCGUCAAGGCUUUACAAUUGUUUUUAAAAGAAGCUUAAUCUAAAUUUUCACUUAUUCCUACCGAUGAAGGGAUUUCAAAAGAUUUUUAACUUUUUUUUAAACACUUAACACAAAUGGAGAUUUUUGUUCAGUUGCUUUUCAUGCUACAGUGAACAAUAAAUAAGGAAUGGGUUGAUUACCUGUAACAAGGUACACCAUAAGACAUAAAAACACAAAUUGUUUAAAUUUGAUUAUUUAAGGGAUGCCAUCCCCUAAACACUCCUGUUGCAUUGUUGCACUGCUGGUCAACUGGCUAAAAGUGGUCUCCCGCACCCCUGUUUACAAGACAAUAUAAUAUGCAGAGAUACA